CGGUUACCCUGAGAGGGACGGGUUGGUGAUGCACCCGUACGCACAGGCGCCGGUGAUCGGAACGAGUGUUUGGGGUCUGCCGCCGAAUUCUUCGUCGGCGUCGGACCUUCGACUGCAACCGUCGUCGACGGCGCCGUCGGGACUGCAUUUGACGAUGCCGUCGUCGGCGGCGGCGCUUCACGGCAACGGCAGCGCCGCUCCCGGCAACAAUGGCGGCAUGGCUUCUCCGCCUGGCGUGACUGGUGGAAGUGUGGGUUUGCAACCCGCCAGCAAGAAGCCCCGCUUGUCCAACUUCACCCCGAUGUCACCUUCGGGGACGGGAGGCGGCAUGCCGCCGGGCAGUGGCGCCCUCGAGCUUGGUGGUGCUGGUGGUGGAGGCGGCGGUGGGACACCAACUAUGCUGCAUAACCAAUCGAAU